GUGGUUAUUUAUAAAUGUAGGGGGGCAGAUGGACGUGGUGACAUUCGGUGUGGUGGUGGGGAUACUCGUCCUCCUCUUCGUGCUCGUCCUCGUCGUCACCAUCGAGGGCGUCUGCAAGCGCUCCUCGUCGUCGUCCUCCUCCUGAUCUCGCCGCGGUAGCCCGUAAGCCCUGAUGCGCCGCGGCCUCCUCGUCCUACUCCUCCUGGCCGCGGCCAUCGCCGGGGGCGGUGGCCAGGAGGGGUCCUCCUGCCCCUUCCACGCCCACGACCAGCCCCACGAUGAUCACCACCACGGCCACGGGCACAGCUGCGGGGGAGACCCCCACCACGAGCACCACCAUCACCAUGGGCAUGGGCAUGGGCAUGGGCAUGACCACGGGGAGAUCCAGCGGCGGCUGCUCCCGGAGGAGCUCGCGGAGGAGGCGGAUCUCGAGCUGGAUGGCUUCGGCCACCACGACCACCACCACGACCACCACCAUGGCCACGGCGACUUCCAGCCCGAGCUGUCACCCUUGGGUAUGUGGCUCAGUGCCAUGGGAUGCUCGCUUCUGGUCAGCAUGGCGUCGCUCGUCUGCCUCGUCCUCCUCCCAGUAAUCUUCUUCCAGGGGAAACCGUCGAAGACCAUGGUGGAUUGCCUUGCCAUCUUCGGGGCAGGUGCGAUGCUUGGAGACUCAUUUCUUCAUCAAUUGCCACACGCCUUUGUUGGAGGGCAUUCUCAUGCGCAUGACCAUCAGAAUCAAAAUCAUUCUCAUGAGCAUUCACAUGCACACUCUCUGGAAGAUCUUUCUGUUGGCUUGUCUGUUCUAUUUGGCAUUGUGUUGUUCUUUGUUGUUGAAAAGAUUGUGAGGUAUGUGGAAGAUAAUUCUCACAAAGGGGCUCAUGGAAUGGGUCACCAUCAUCACCAUCAUAAACGACAUGAAAUUAGUGACAAGGCCAAGUUGAAUCACACAAAAAAGGAUCACGAGGAUAAAGGCAUAGAACAAACAGAAAAAGAAUCUUUGCAUGAUGGUGCAAUUGAGAAAACAGAUGGUGUAAAUCAUGCUGAUUCAAAAUUUGCAAUCCAUAAGAGGGGCUUUUCUUCUGGUUCCAAUUUUACUGAUAGAAAGCCUGUCAAUUCUGAAAGUGAUCCUGUCCCCGACAAAGCAUUAUCAAGUGAAGAUUCCUCCGUUUCCAAUUCAAAUAUGGUGUUCGGCUACCUCAAUCUUUUUUCAGAUGGUGUUCAUAACUUCACUGAUGGGAUGGCCCUAGGGAGUGCUUUUCUGCUACAUGGUUCUGUUGGAGGAUGGUCAAGAACUUUAUUUCUGCUUGCGCAUGAACUUCCUCAAGAGGUUGGAGAUUUUGGUAUCCUGGUGCGCUCAGGGUUCACUGUAACCAAAGCCCUGUUUUUCAAUUUUCUCUCUGCGUUGGUUGCUCUUGCUGGAACAGCACUGGCAUUGUCUUUGGGAAAAGAUCCAGGGCAUUCUUCUUUGAUUGAGGGAUUCACUGCUGGUGGUUUCAUUUACAUUGCUGUCGCUGGAGUCCUCCCAGAGAUGAAUGACCAGAAAACAACCAUCAAAAGCUCGAUGAUUCAGUUGAUUUCCUUGGCAAUGGGAAUGCUGGUUGCCCUUGGCAUAUCUCUAGUAGAAUGAGGACGAGAUUUCUGGUUGCAUACUGUACUUAAGCCAAGCGGUAACUUCCACAUGGAACUGAUCACUGGUGAAACAGACCGGUUGCAAGAUCGACGAUCACCGGCGUCACCGGCAGGCUCGAUCGGGAGGAAUGAAAUGAGAUGCCGCUGGUCCUCCUACCCCCCACCACCGGUCGAUCUCCCUCAGGUACAGUGCUGUCUCCCAACACAUAAAUGCUGUGCAGUGACAGAGCCCAACGCCGGACGAUGGAUGCGAGGGAAGGGUCUCCAAUAAUUGCGCGUGUAGUCAGGGGGGAAAGAGAACAACAUGGUGGUCACGUUCUCCUGGAUCCAAAACUCAAAUAGGGUAGAGACGCCAAAGGGACAAUGAAAGUGUGUCCUUCAACCGUACUCUGUUUCAGCAUUUUUAUUUAUUUAUUUUAUUGUUAAAGCUUAUAUGCUCUCCGAUUCUCCAUCACUCUGAUGGAGGGAUGCUUGGUGUACCAAGUUCAAGGGGCAAGAAGGUAGUAGAAUCACUGGCUUCAUCUUAAAACACAGGAUUGGAAUGUCGUAGAUUUUGACAUAAAUAUAUAUCACAUAUGUAAUAUGUAAAACAUAUGAUUGAAUAUAGGGAAAAAACAUGAAUGGCCUUUUGAAUGGAGCAAAGGUAAAAACACAAUAAUAGCAGAGCGAUAC